GAGCUCUUCAAAAUAGUGAACAAUAGGAUGCAGGAUAUAGCACAUCAUCCAACCCUGAAAAGAACGGGAGUCGGAAUAUAUCCGGGAUAUCGGCGCGUCGAGUCAAGCGUCGUCCACUCUUUUGCAGUUUUCGUUUUCAGUUGUUGUUUUUUGACCAAGCUUUCAGCAGAGGUGUAUUGCGAGCCAUGGGUGAAGGCCGUGCGUUUAAUUCUCGUGGGCAAGGCAUCUACACCUCAAUUCAACAGGGUGUUGCCGUUUUGUUUUUUGUCGUAAUGAUCUUUUAUGCCGGAUUCCGUGGACAUCGUGUUGUGACGCAGCUGCCGGCAACCUACCGCACAACGCAGGCACCUAAAAGCAUGCCAUACGAGUUCAUGAACAAUAUGUUUCCCUCCAAAAUCCCGUCGCCGACCUACGAAUUCCCAGCAUUGACUUUUUGUCCCCCCGAAAACAGGCCAGGCGUGGAAGUCAAGUUUAUCAGCUGCUACAGUUCCAACAACGUUGAUGAUGUGAAAAAGCCGCCUUGCGAGGCUUCGUACAACCGAGCAUUGCAAUUUGAGGGGCAGACACUCAACUGCAUCACAGUCAAUGACCCUGCAGAUCCAAACAAAGUUGUCGUUGCAUCGAGCACUGACCAUGUCCUGGAAAUUAGCAUGCGCAUUGUGGGUACUGCAGAAGGCAGCCCGGAGGGACUCCUGGUGACAGCCCACCCGCAGAUUGGCAGGGACAAGAAACUGGAAGGUGUGGGAUAUGACAAUUUUUUCGCAGCAUCAGCAUAUACAUCGACGGAAAUUGUCGGUCGAAAGCUUUACACUAUCGAUAUGAAAAAGAAUGUUCAGGUGGACUAUGAAAUCAAGGCUUCCUCUAUCCGUCUGAAAAUGGACCCAGCUUUGUAUGCAAAUGCCAGCGAUUCAACGGGAGGUCUGUCUCCGGUGAAAAUUGAGUUUAGAUACCCAAAAUUGGAGGUAACAUAUGAAAAGAGCUUCCUUGUGUUGGACAUGAACAAUUGGCUCGGCGAAGUCGGCGGUGUAGCUUGCCUUCUCUUCUUCCUGCACCGAGCCUUUAUGGCUGCUGUUGAAUUCUUUCUCAAACGAUCGGAUAGUUUUGCGUACACCGAUUUGGGCAAAAUUAGAGAGGAAGGUUUUGCACAUUAUUGAAAAAGCACAUGGCUAGAAGAUAUUAGGUAGUCCAAGUCCGCUUCAUUGUUAUGCUGGAAAAGAGAAGUCGUAUAGGGUAUGGUAUGUUUGGCAGCUUUUGCCCUCCAAAUAUACAUCGUCCAGUGGGCAUUAUUGGUACAUGUGCAG